AGUAAACGAAAUACUGAUAAAAUGGCAAAAAUUGCGAAUAUGGAUGGUUAUCUAACUCAUCUUGGACUGUGUCGAAAAACCAUUGUCCGAGAUGGUUCUUGUCUUUUUCGUGCAGUGUCCGAAAAGUUGUUUCUGACUCAGAUUUAUCAUCUUCAUGUUCGACAAAUGUGUGCUGAGUACCUGUGGAGACACAAAGAUGAGUUUGGCCCACCUGAAUGGGAAGGACAAAUUGAAAUGAUGGUGUUAUCUCAUUUGUACAGACUGGAUUUCAUAAUAUUCCAAAAUCCAGGUUGCCCUCCAGUCAAUGUUACUAUGAACAUUUAUAAUAGAUAA